AAAAGAUACGACAGAUAACUCAUCUAAAAAGCACGUUUUGACUGCCAUAUUAUUCCAACGGCGGGCUCUUCCCAUCUUCAAUGGCUAUGCAUGCGCGCACAAAUUCUUUCGACUCUCACACAUUCUUGGAACAACGAUAUCAAAAUAUAUUAAUACAAGUUCAUCACAAUGUCAGCGAAUUCAGGCGAUGCCUAUGUUUCGUUUUGCCAACCGUUGGGCGAAAAUAUUCUUGCUGAUUUUUCUGUAAUUCCAGAGCUCGAAAAUGCACCAAUCCAAGAUUUUGAUACGCAUGGUGAUAACAGACCUGCAAAAAAAUCGCACAAGGCAGAUAGAGAGAAGCUGAGAAGAGAAAAAAUCAAUGAGCAAUUUGCCGAUCUGGCUGCUGCACUCGAUCCUGAUCGGCCAAAGAAUGAUAAGGCAUCGAUACUCAUUGAAAGUACACAAGUUGUGAAGGAGCUUAGAGCUGAGUUGAAGCGGCUGCAACAAGAACAUUCUUCACUUCUGAAUGAAUCUCGUGAAUUGACUGAAGAGAAAAAUGAGAUAAGAGAGGAGAAGAUAAAUUUAAAGAAUGAAACGGAGAAGCUACAAGAUCAGUUACAACGACAAUUACGAAGCCUUUCACCAUGGAUGAUGAUGGACCCUGCAGUUAUGAUGACUGCUCCAUCUUUUCCUUAUGCUGUGCCUGUUCCUCAGGCAGCAACUGUGCCUUCAUCUAACUGCCAGCAGCCAUUUGCAUCUAGUCAAGCUCAAGGGCCACUUGUUGCACCAUCUGCAUAUGUUCCUCUGGCAACCGUGGGUACUUUUCCAGUACAUCCUGUACUGCAUGCAUAUGCUUUUCCAACUUAUGGUCCAUCCCUGAAUGGUCAUUCCCAUGUUGAAAGGCCAUAUGCCCAGUACCCUUCUCAAGUGCAUCCCAUUCCUCCAUAUCUUGCACAAAUGCAGCCCCACCAGGAUUCCCAACCUACAGUUUCAUCAUCGGGUCCAGCAAUAUGUCAACCCCUCACAUCUGCUGCACUCAGUUCUCCUUUACAAAAUAUAACUCAGCCAACUAUUGUGAAUUCAUUGAAUCUGCAGACUGAAGAAGUUGGGAAACAUGCAAUUUCCUCUUCAGAUAUUGCUGUUGCAGAGCAUAGAGAGUCAAGUGUAAGUGCAGUUAGCCGCAGUUCUAAGUCUUUGCCAAAAGAUGCGAAUAAAGAACUUCUAUCUUCCCCCUCAACUUCCUCUACAGAAGUACAUUGUGGAUCCAAUGCACUGGUUUCUGGUUUGGAGGGAGAAGACAAGCUAUCUAUUGAGCUAGGAUCUACAGAACAAGUACAUGAAGUAACUUCUGAACAGGGAGCACAGGAAGCUGAAGUGGAUAAACCAAAACAGGACAGGGUUGAUGAUGCCUUAUCUUCUCCUGCUGUUUAAUGAAACUUAUACGAUGCUAGGUACUUCUGUGAAUGUGUGAAGAGCUAUAUUUUCAGAUGAUUAUAGGUGAACAAUUUUGUUUGUACCUUCAAUGUAUUUUCAUAUAUGGCAAUAUGCAGCUCAUUAUUAGGCUCAAAAAGUUUGCAAACAUUCAUCUGUAUAUUGUUUUAAAUAAAUAAAUAAUUACAAGAAACAGUUUAUUAUUAGAUUAAAAAAGUUUGCAAACAUUCAUCUGUCUGUAUCAUAGUUUUAAAACUCGUGGACUCGCCACGGACUUGCGAGUCCAGUGGCACCACGAGUUGAUUCGCCAUGGACUCGCGAAGCGAGUCCUGGCGAGUCUUUUGGCGAAUCUUUUGACUAGACUCGUGCAACCCCGAAAACAAGUCAAAAAAUUAUCUAAAUCUUUUUUUUCAA